AAACCAGUCCUAUAGGGUAUUGAAUGGACUUGAUGAGGUGCAGUAGCAUGUGUUCAGUAAACCAGUCCUAUAGGGUAUUGAAUGGACUUGAUGAGGUGCAGUAGCAUGUGUUCACUAAACCAGUCCUAUAGGAUAUUGAAUGGUGGAGUUGGGUUUAUUCAAAUUCAUUUACAAAGCGUUGCUGGUUACAGAUAAUAAUGUCAUGCGGAUAUGUUGGCGUCAUUCGUGGCAGUGGAGAUAUGUCUCGAGAGUGGGUUUCUAGAUAUUUUAAAAUUGGUAUUAUAGUACAUAACAGAGAGACCUAUAGGUACAAAAUACCCAGACUAAUGUAAAACAUGACAAAAAGUAAGGAAACUCUAGAAACUUCUGACACACUAUACAGGAUGCCUUAUAACUGCUCUUUAGUCUUCAUCAAUUCCAAUUGCAUUACAAACAGGCUGAACAAUGCAAUCUCAUGCAAGCUUUCUUAUCUUGACCUCGCUUUAAAAUAACAGCAGUCCUGUUUCAACGGAGUGGAACUUAUCAAGCAGUGCUCUAUAUAAGUCAAUAGGGAAGCCUCAGCGCUCUCAUUUCAAGUCAAACGGUUCAGAAUGUGGCAUUUAUUGAUCCUGGCUCUCCUGGGGUCAGUCUCUGGAGAGGGAGCUGUGGAUGACUUCAAUGUCAUAAACAAACCAAAAGCCCACAAGGUUGUCGGAGGGGAGGAGGUUGAACCCAAUAGCUGGCCUUGGCAGGUCUCUCUGCAGUACACCUACCCCAAUGCAGGAGGCUGGGCUCACACCUGUGGAGGAAGCCUGAUUUCUCCCUUCUGGGCCAUGACUGCAGCUCACUGUGUGGAUUUUGAUGAUGGUGCUACUUACCGUGUGGCUCUGGGUGAGCACAACCUGUUCGGGAAUGAAGGAAUUGAGUACCACAGGACUGUGGAUAAGGUCAUCAUACACCAGCAAUGGACUGGCUCUUUAGCUAAAGGGUUCGACAUUGCCCUGCUUCACCUGGAGAGGCCUGCCUUUGACAGUGGCGCUGUAAAGAUUGCAGUGUUACCCCAGCCCGGAGACAUCCUGCCCAGCGGCUUCCCAUGUUACAUCACUGGUUGGGGCCUCACAGAGAGUGGAGGGGAGGCCUCUCCGGUGCUGCUCCAGGCCCUCCUCCCUGUGAUUGACACCCUGACCUGCUCCACUCGGGAAUACUGGGAUUUCUACUCCAGUGACAAAGUGAUCUGUGCCGGGGGGGAUGGAAGUCUGGCCGGGUGUCAAGGUGACUCCGGAGGCCCGCUGAACUGUCUGGUUGAGGGAGUGUGGCAAGUCCAUGGCAUUGCAAGCUUCGGCCCCAUCAUCUGUAACACCUACAAGAAGCCAACGGUAUUCACUCGGGUCUCAGACUACAUUGGCUGGAUCUGGGAAACAAUGGAAAGCAAUGGUGGUGCCUUCUAAGUGUUCAUAUCCAAACCCUGCUUGUUCAAGUGACUCUGCAGCUGAUGCACAGAUCACACACCCUAGUCUCUGUUAGUCGCCUUGGAUAAAGGCGUCUGCUAAAUAAACAAAUAAUAAUAAAAACAAACACUCCUUUAAUCACAACUUUCUUCCUGUUAUGUUUUUUUUUAUAUAUUUUUAAGGAAAAGGUAAUAAUAAUGGAAAACAAGCUUAUCUGGUGUAAAUGAAUACAAAAAGCCCUUUUAAAUUCCUUUGAUUUCUCUGUUCAUUUGAACUGGGUUUAACAGUUUUCCACAGGUUUCUGCACGUGGUCCUUGCCUUUUCGUCUAUGAAUUGCACGUCACAAAGGGGACAAACACUUGCUUUUUCUCAAGACUGUACACAC